CUGGGUUGGCUUCGCGAUCUCUAUUGUAUUAGCCGACAGCUGUUCCCGGCCUUUUGCAGAAUGCUGAAUGCCGCCGCCGCGGAAAGGAACAAGGAGCCCAUCCUGAAAGUCUUGCGGGGCUGCGUGAAUACCGACAGGCGGCUGCAAGCGCUUGAAAUCUCCUCCGGGACAGGACAACAUGUCAUGCAUUUCGCUGGGGCUCUACGGAACAUUACUUGGCAACCCUCAGAGUACGAUCAACGCUCUUUAACCAGUAUCGAAGCCUACAGAGCUCACUACCAACUGAACAAUGUAAAGCCCGCCAUCCACCUGGAUGCUUCUCAGAGUCACGAUCACUGGGGAGGGAUCCAACCAGAGAGCCUCGAUCUGGUCCUUAACAUCAACAUGAUCCACAUCUCUCCCAUGGCUUGCACUGAGGGUUUAUUCGAAGGGGCUGCAGUGGUGUUGAAGCCACAAGGUCUGCUGUUGACAUAUGGGCCUUACGCGGUGAACGGUGGCAUCACACCACAAAGCAAUGUUGAUUUUGACUUUAGCCUACGACAGAGGAACCCAGAAUGGGGUCUUCGGGAUAUUUCCCUACUCAAAUCACUUGCAGAAAUGCAUGGUUUAUUCCUGGAGAAAAUUGUGGACAUGCCAGCCAACAACAAAUGUCUCCUGUUCAGGAAGGAAAGUUUGGUGUAAAGCGUCGUGUCCUUCUUUUGCUGAACGGACAACAUCAGGAUGGAGAAAAGCGCCUUAAAUGAGCUAAAGGCUCAGACGUGUUGCCAAAUUACUUCACUUAGAUGUUUCAAUAAAUAAACAACCAGAAUGA